AGUCACUGGAUAGUCAGAAGCACUUGAAACACCGUCAAAACAAGGGCUCGUCGUGUCGCGCGCAACCUCCUCACUAUACACGCGCAUUGUUCAAGCAAGCCAAAGAGUCGCAUCAUCCUCUUCAGCCGCCACUGUCUUGCCUUCAUCUUCAUCCAGAGCAGGACUCAUCAUCCUAUCCUUGCCACGGACCUGGGCCCGGUAAAGCCACCGGUCUCCUCAUCCAUCUCUUCGCCACCAUGCUCCCGUCCUUUGGUUUUACUCAAGAGCAGGUUGCCUGCGUCUGCGAGGUUCUCCAACAAUCCGGCAACAUCGAGAGACUUGGCCGUUUUCUCUGGUCGCUACCUGCCUGUGAGCAUCUCCACAAGAAUGAAAGUGUUCUCAAAGCCAAGGCGAUUGUUGCCUUCCAUCGCGGAAAUUUUCGGGAACUUUACAAAAUUCUCGAGAGCAAUAACUUCUCACCGCAUAACCACCCAAAACUUCAGGCUCUCUGGCUGAAAGCACACUACAUCGAAGCGGAGAAAUUGCGGGGACGGCCCCUGGGUGCCGUCGGAAAAUACAGGGUCCGAAGAAAGUUUCCUCUGCCUCGUACUAUCUGGGAUGGAGAGGAGACUAGCUAUUGCUUCAAGGAGAAAUCGAGAAGUAUACUAAGAGAAUGGUACUCCCACAACCCCUAUCCUUCUCCCAGGGAGAAAAGAGAGCUGGCCGAAGCCACAGGACUGACCACGACACAAGUUAGCAACUGGUUCAAAAAUAGGCGACAGCGAGAUCGAGCAGCGGAGGCAAAAGAAAGGGAGAAUGCUGAACAAGAAAGCAAAACCAAAAUGGCUACACCAAGUACGAGUUCAGAAGAAGACCUGCCGAUGAACGGGAAAGAAAACCUGGGCGAGACGACGUCGGUUGAUAUGGGUGUAAACCAUAUGGGGCAUGUUGGACAUCAUCAUCCUCAUCAUACCCAUGGUCAUCAACACAGUCACAUCCACCCUCACCCGCAUCCGCACCCGCACCCGCACAGCCAUAGCCACAGCCACAGCCACCCUCAUGCUCACAGUCACAGUCACGGACCCGCUGGUCUCAUGAUGAGCGAACUGAGUAAAACGGGUUAUGGCAUCACGAACUUACCACCUGGCGCUGCCGAGGCGGCCGCCCAAGCUCUCGCACCGGUCAACCCCGGCGACUCGGUGCUGCAAAACUCCAUCCAAAACUCUAUGCUGCCUCACAUGGCUAAUAACCUGGUGGACAUGGGGUAAGCCAAAACAAACUUAGAGAGACCUGCUGGCCAAGUGAGUGCGUGGUUCGAAUU